ACAAUCAAUCGUGUUUUCCGUGGAUAAAGCCGCAUUUUUAGAAGUUAUCAAAUAUUUUCAAACCUUGAAAUUUCAUACCGUUUUUUUGUGGAAAAAGAGGCUCAUGAUGAGCCAAAAUAAUGCUGCAAGACCAGAGGCUUUGCCGAACCUUUCAUUGGUUGAAGAAAUAUCAAACUUCGUAAAGAGAUACCGUAGGGUCAUUUUACAAGCGCUCUGUGUAUCAGCAUUUACAACUGCGGCAUUUUUGUGCUACUAUUAUCGACCGACUGACUUGUGUUUCGGAAAGGAUGGAAAACAGGGGACUUGUAUGGACAUAUUUAAGUGUCCAUUUGCUUUCAACGAGAUAAAGGAAGGAAAGAAGCCAGUGUUUUGUGAUAAACUAAAAACGAAAGUUUGCUGUGUGGAGGACAAUAUACCCACACUAGACGCGAAAGAUCUAAGGCAUCAUGUAGAAGAAACGACGACGACAACAGACGAUUUUGGGACCCCGAGCGUCCGUAGGUUUCCAACAACCGAUGAUCGCUGCGAGCCAUUGACGAACUAUUCAAUGGCCGCUCCCUACAGGAUAUCGUUCCAGAAAUGUCUGCAGUACCAGGAAUUGUUGGUAUUUCCGUGCGAAGUGGAAAGCAUGUCAUUCAUGUUGGAGGAAGAAAAGAUGGCACGGCUGAACUACUGUAAUUGGAAACCGGAGACUAUGAUCGAUGACAAUGCUAAAACUGAUGCAUAUUAUGGAGAGUUUCCUCAUAUGGCGCUGCUUGGUUACGAUUCGCCAGACAACGAAUGGCAAUGCAGUGGUUCCAUAAUCAGCGACAGAUUCAUACUGACCGCCGCUCACUGCACGUUCAGCCGCAACGGCGGUAACGUUACGAAAGUACGCAUCGGCUUCUUGAAGAUAUCUCAGACGAUUCAGCGAGAUGAGUUGUACUAUGUGUCAGAGGUACACAAACAUCCGCAUUACAAGUCGCCGAAUAUGUACCACGACAUUGCACUCCUGAAGACGAACAGCACGAUGACCCUCAAUAGAUACAGGGUACCAGCAUGCUUAGACGACGGCUCUCUGUUCAAACGUGACACGGUGACCGUCACUGGAUGGGGCCAGGCCAUCGCAAAUAAAUAUCCACUACAAAAGAUAAAAGUUGAUAAGUUUACUGCUGAUGAAUGCGAAAAGUUAUACAGUUCAAAUAAGGCGCGGCUAAUGCCUCGCGGGUACGACAGCAGAACGCAGAUAUGUUACGGAGACAGGUCCACCGGCAAACGUUCAACCAGAGGCGACAGCGGAGGUCCAGCUCAGAUAAGUCAUCCUUAUGUAGAGUGCAUGUAUUUAGUGACUGCUAUCGUGAGCAGUGGCAAAGAAUUAGACGAUUACCCAGAUAUUUAUACGCUAAUCGCUCCAUAUCUAACCUGGAUAGAAUCUGUAGUCUGGGGUGAAAACUUUUAGGUGUAUGAUAACCGUGCCGGUAUGGAGCCUGUCAAUUCUAGACGCAAACUGACCGAAUUCGACACAGAGCGGUUCGAAUUAUCGCCGAAAUAUAUCCUUCAACUAUUGAAAUUAACAAAAUAAAACAUUCAAAUAUUAUUAUUGUUACGUCAAUGAAAGGCCGAGAUCCAAAGCAGACUGUUUUAUUCAAAUAAUAUUCCAUCUACCUUACAUUACACAUAUCGUACACAACAUCUCCCUUCUUAUUAUUAUUAACUAUACUUAUUAAGCUAAUACACCAAGAUGGUAUUGUAAUACAAAUUAUAAACGCAAAUGACUCAUUCAAAACUACUUAACUUAUAAACAACGAUAUAUAAUAACAUAUAUAUAUUAUCUCACACGUUUUUCCUAAUUUUUUGCAAACAUUGUACAGCGGCCUGCCGCCGGACAUUACCUACCGGCGCAACCGGAGACGUUUGGUCCGUAGAUGAGCUCGGGCUCUUUUCUGGAGACGAACGAUUGGCCAACUCUUCCUUUCCCCUCGGCUCUCUAGCCUCACUUAUCUUCUGCUCACUAUCUUCUGCUUCUACACUCAGUCUUUACGUCAAUUUUUGUGAGGGAGAAGCGUGAAACACGAUUUUUAUCGCACAUUAUCUGAUUCUGAUCCGCCUGCUGAGCAACGCCACCGACGGUUCCCGCCCGGUCGUACUGUGUUCGGUUUUCCGGUACGAGAAUAAAAAUCUACUUAAAGCAGUAUCCUCGUCCUCGUUUUCUAAAGAAGCCUUUCUUAAAGCCCUUUUUACCGAGCGCACUGCAUUUUCAGCUGCUGCAUUGCUAGCGGGAUGGUACGGAGCCGUAAGCGUAUGCCCUAUUCCAUUUCGUUGGAAAUACGUUGCGACCUCCGCUGACGUGAAAGGCGGGCCGUUA